AGUAAGGAGAAAAUAAAGCCCAUUUUAUGUCAUUAGUUGAUAGUAGAAAUUUUAUUGAGGUUGUCUGUCAAAUCUCUCUUCCGUUUCAAAUGUGUUUAUAAAGCAUGACUCUCCCUCAUUUCCAAUUCCCAUUUUGCAAAAUCUCAUUUUGACUUAGCUGCACACCCACUUAAUGAAUUCUUCUUAAAUCAGAACUGAGAUCCACUAAAUAACAAGUGAGACUUGUAUAGCCUGACACUAAUUAACAGGAGCAUCAGAAGGGCUAAGCAAUCCAAGUUAAACAUUGGAUAACCCACAGAAGAGCUACGAGCAUGGAAAAUCACACUCUCCCUAUGGAUUUGAUGAGAGAAAUUCUUCUAAGAUUGCCAGUGAGAUCUGUUUCGCGUUUCAAGUGCGUAUGUAAGUCAUGGCUUUCUAUCAUCUCCGAUCCCCAAUUUGGCAAUUCCCAUUAUGACCUCGCAGCCGCACCCUCCCAUCGACUCAUUCUCAGACCAAAAUGUUAUUCUCUUGAAGUUCAAUCCAUUGAUACAGAUGCACCACCAGACACAUGUUCUGCUGCAAUGUAUUUGCUUCUCCCCCUUCAAUCACCUCCACCUAAACCCAAUGACUAUGACAAUUAUGAUGGUUUGCCCAAUCGAGCUAAGAUUUUGGGUUCAUGCAGAGGGUUUAUACUUUUAUAUUACGAGAUGAGUCGUGAUCUUAUUAUGUGGAAUCCGUUGACAAGAUUCCGUAAACGAUCACUAAACUUUGAAAAUAUGCUAACCCAUCGAUUUUUAUAUGGUUUUGGGUAUGACACAUCAACAGAUGACUACUUGCUAAUUAUGAUCCCGUUUUAUUGGAAAACUGAAAUCCAGGUUUUCUCAUUCAAAACUAAUUCCAGGAACAGAAAGAUGAUUAAACUUAAUGUUCCAUACCAGGGUAUCGGCUCGAAAUUCAGUAUUGGAUCACUCUUGAAUGAGACACUUCAUUGGUUGGUUUUCUCUAAGGAUAAAUGGGUUGAUGUGAUUAUUGCCUUUGAUCUUAUAAAAAGGAGUUUAUCAGAGAUUGCUCUGUUUGAUCAUUUAACAAAGAAAAAAUAUGAAAUGUUUAGUUUAAGAGUAAUAGGAGGAUGUCUCAGUGUGAGUUGCUCGGACCAAGACUGGGCAAUGACUGAAAUAUGGAUAAUGAAAGAAUAUAAAGUGCAGUCAUCUUGGACUAAGUCUUUUGUAAUCCCUACAUAUGGCUUUUCCCCCAUAUGCAUCACCAAAGAUGGAGGAAUUUUGGGAUCAAAUAUGAGAGAAAGAUUGGAGAAACAUAAUGACAAAGGAGAGUUGCUUGAGCAUCUCGCCUGUGUUGCUGCUGCAGGUGAAGAGUACUACUGUGCCAAUCAAGAUCAACAAUCUGCAAUGUAUAGAGAGAGUCAACUGUUUCCCAAUGUCAGUUGGGAAACAAGUGAAGAUCACCAACAGUAACAGACAAGAAAAAAAAUCAUGAUAUGCACAAUGUUUGCUGGGAAGUGUGAAUGGUAACGACAACUUAGCAUUUGCUGGUUGCACCCAACCUAUGGACAAUAUAAGUUAAAUUGCGGUGGAUCAGUGAGUGCUUUGAAUAAAGCAGCUGCUGGAGGUGUAUUUAGGGAUUCAAAUGGCCAGGUUUAUGUUUUCUUAUGCUGCUGAUAUUGGUUCUUGUUCAGCUGUUAUAGCUGAACUUUGGACAAUUUAAUUUGCUUGGAAUUAAAAUUGGUUGGAGUCGUGGGUUCAAUUGUUGAUUCUGAUUCAGAGGUGUCUAGCUACGUCUUUACUAAACAAUGGAUGUCCAUCUUAUCAUCCUUGCUUUAGUCUGAUUCAAGAUAUUAAGGACUAAGGAGUAUUCCUUGCAGGGAGGUUCUUUGAAGUGAAAUCAUACGCUUUGAGAAGGGAACCAAGUUGCGGAUGUUCUUGCGAAUUUUGAUUUAUCCUUACAUAAACAAUUAAGAAUAUUUGAUGUUGUUUCUCAUUUUAUUACCAAUGUCGUUAAAACUAAUGUAAUUUCUACUGCGUUUUCACGCGUGUUUUAAUGAUGAGUUCUGCGGUUCAUCUCUUAUCAUUUUAA